AUGUUACAAUUACACCGAGAAUAUUUUAAAGCACAUGAUUCAUGUCAAGAUUCAGUUGAAUUAAUGAGACAAACACAAAAGCAAAGUCCAUUUCAAUUACAAGCAGCACCUGAUGAUGAUAAACGACGUUUAUCAUUUUUAAUAACUUAUCAUGCGAAAAAAAAUAAACAAAAUAAUAUAAUUGAGCAAAUGGUCAAUAUUAUCGAAGAAGCAUAUGCUGCAACCCAAUUUGAUGAUAUUGAUAAAGUAGAAGUACCAGCAUUAAUGAAAGGACGUUUAUAUGGAAAGCUUCUUAAAGCAAUGUGUAUUUCAUUACCAUCGAGUUUUACUUGUGAAGAUCCAGUUCACCUAACAGGUAUUAAUGAUGAUCAAGCAUUAAAUAAUGCAACAUCAUCACAUUCAAUCGCACGAGAUCUUGUGUAUAAUUAUUAUUUCGGCUUACUUUUUAAUGUUCAUGAAUUAUAUAAUUCGUGCGGUGUUCAAUUUGAUGGUGUAAAUAUUAUAUCAUUAGUUGAUCAUAGUGAACAUGUUGAACGUGCUGUUGAUGAAAUAGAAACAACUGACACAGAUCAAAGUACAAGAAGAAGUUCUCGCCGUCGCAUUCCAAAUCGAAAAUAUGAUAAUGAUUAUAUUUCUCCGAUUAUUAAUCGAAGAGGGUUGUCAAAUGCAUUAUCACUGAAAAGAUGCCUCUCUUCAUCCAGCGAUUCCAUUUCUGUCAGUUUGAAACAAAAUCCAAUUCGUGAUCAACACAAGAAAGUGAAGCAAUUGGCACCGAGUACGUCGGACAAAGAGCAAAAUGUAUUUAACAAACCACCGAGAGUACCAAAACCACAGUGCAUUGCAGAACUUGGUACUCUCACUCUCAAGUGGCCUAAAUACGGAAUUAAUAAUGGCAUUUAUGACGGUCAAUCAUUUUCUGUCACAAGAAUAUGUCCUAUAGACACUGGUUUGUUUGCUUUGUACCAUGCCUAUAAGGCUGGCAGUGAUAAAUUUCAAAACCUUUUUGAAAAUGAUAAUCUUGAUGCUCUUGUGGUUCUUCGUGAUACAUUCAAAUAUGUUGAAACUAACGAUUGGGCUGUGGUUCGAUUACAUUGGCUAGUGCGACAUCAACUACUCAAUGAAAAAAUAUCGGAUGGACGAUAUGAUUUGAAAAAUACCUUAAAGAAAAUUGUUUUUGAUUAUGUACGACCAAUGCAAAUAUUUGAGAUUAUAUCCGAAUGUUCAUGCAUCGCUUGUCCUCAACGUAUAUGUAAAAAUUCAAGCGUCGAUUUAACAUUACGGUAA